AACGUUCUCUAAUACCCCAGUCUCCCUAUUCUCUUCAACGCUUCUUCUUCUUCUAGCUUAAAUGCUCCUAUAAAUUCUCAACCCAGCUUCUCUUUCUCGACCCAACUGCUCAUGACUUCUUCUUUUACUUCUUCCUCUUUCACCAAUCUUCUUCCUACUCAUACCAAAGACAUGGACAGUAUCAGCUGGGGACUUUAUGACCAUGGAACUGAUAGAAUUGAUAUUGAAAUCCCACAAUUCAAGUCGUUUCCACCUCCUUCUUUGCCUCUUUCUCCUCCUCCUGUUUCCCCUUCUUCCUAUUUGGCCAUUCCUCCUGGUUUAAGCCCUAAUGAGCUCUUGGACUCACCUGUACUUUUUUCCACCUCUAAUGUUCUUCUAUCUCCAACCACCGGGGCUUUUGCUGGUCAAACCUUCAACUGGAGGAAUAAUUCCAGUGACAAUCAGCGAGGUGUUAGAGGGGAUGGCAAAAGUUUCUCUGAUUUCUCUUUUCAAACCCAAACAACACCUCCUACAUCGUCAUCCAUCUUUCAAUCUUCUUCGAGCCUCGUCUCAGUGGAGCAAUCAAUCAAAAGGCAACAAGAAACAUGGAAUUUUAACAAACCCACAAAGCAAACAGGUUUCUCAUCAGAGAAGGGAGUAGUAAAAUCAGAAUUUAGGUCAAUGCAGAGUUACUCCUCAGAAAUGGCUGCAUUCCAAUCAAGCAUACAAUGUAAUGCUGCUUCUCAACCCAGUUAUAAUCACUACAAUAAUCAACCACCUCCAUAUAUGAGGGAGCAAAGAAGGUCAGAUGAUGGAUACAACUGGAGGAAGUAUGGACAGAAACAGGUUAAAGGAAGUGAGAACCCACGUAGUUAUUACAAGUGCACCUAUCCGAAUUGCCCAACCAAGAAAAAGGUAGAGAGAUCUUUGGAUGGACAAAUUACUGAAAUAGUCUAUAAGGGAAGUCACAACCAUCCCAAACCUCAGUCUACAAGAUCAACCUCUCAAUCGAUGCCACCUUCUGCCGGAGUCAGCUCAGAAAUCUCGGAUCAAUCGGUUUCUCCAUUGGAAUCUGUCACCGUACAGGAGGAUUCUUCAAUUUCGAUUGGAGACGAUGAAUUUGACCAAAGUUCGCCCAUUAGCAAUUCAGGAGGAGAUGAUGAUGAAAAUGAACCCGAAGCCAAGCGAUUCAAAGGAAAGAAUGAAAAUGAAGGUAUUUUGGCUGCUGGGAGCAGGACCGUUAGAGAACCCAGAAUUGUGGUUCAGACAACAAGUGAUAUUGACAUACUCGAUGAUGGGUAUAGAUGGAGGAAAUAUGGACAAAAAGUAGUCAAGGGAAAUCCCAAUCCAAGGAGCUACUACAAGUGCACGUCUAUUGGUUGUCCUGUGCGGAAACAUGUGGAACGAGCAUCGCAUGAUACAAGGGCGGUGAUCACCACUUACGAAGGGAAGCACAACCACGAUGUUCCAGCUGCACGUAGCAGCGGCUAUGCAUCCAAUAGACCUCCAUCCAAUGCUAACAGCAGCAAUAUGCCUAUCCCUAUAAGGCCCUCUGUCACAACAAACGCAAAUUAUCCAAGCUCGCUAAACAGCACAAGAUUACCAACAUCAGCAGGUCAAGCACCAUUCACCCUGGAAAUGUUGCAGGGUACAGGGGGCAUUGGCUUCUCAGGAUUUGGAAAGCCAACGGGCUCAUACAUGAAUCAAACACAAUACAUCACAGAGGGUGCAUACUCGGGAGCCAAGGAAGAACCAAAGGAUGACUCAUUUCUUGACUCUUUCCUAUGUUGAAAAAAAAAAAAAAAAACCCCACUAACUCCACAACCAGCAUUUAGGAUAGAGGAAACAAUGUUGAAUUAUAUAUGUUUGUAAUAGUGUAACAUAAAAGUAGUUGCAAUUUUUUCAUUUGUUUUGCGGCCUUUCAAGGCUCGAUAAUAUCUAGGCCUCAAUUUGUUACAGCAUAGAAUAAUUCAACAGAAACAUAAAUGGUUCAUUCUUCCAA